AUGCCAUCAAAGACAACACAAACUAACAAAGAAAAUGAAAACAUUGAGCAGAAAAGACUAAGCAAGAAUCAAAGACAAAAAAGGAAACGAAUGGAUGAGAGUUUGGAAUCCAGAGACCAUCGUCUAAACAUGAAAAGACGAGCAAAACAAUGUAAAUUAGUAGACCAACAAACCAACGCCACAAAAAUCUAUACAGAAGAUAGCAUUAAAGAACAUAACUGUGGGACUCUGACUGAAAGCUGCCAUUACUGUUGUGCACUUUAUUGGUUAAAUGAACUCAAUUGUGCAAGAAAAUACACUAAAUGCUGUCAUGAUGGUAAAGUGACACUCAAAGAACUUAAUGAACCACCGGAAUUACUCAAAGAACUGCUUCUCACACAAUCAACAGAGGCAAAAAAUUACAGAGAGCAUAUCAGAGAAUACAAUGCUGCUUUGGCUUUUGCUUCAAUGGGAGCUGAAAUCAACACACCUCCAGGCAGAGGACCAUACUGCUUCCGUAUUCAUGGACAAAUCUACCAUAAGGUAUCUCCACUUUACCCAAGUGAACAACACAAGGCAGGGUAUGGCCAACUGUACAUAUUUGAUACGGGAGAAGCAACCAAACAACGCCUACAAAACAACUCGGCCUGCUUAGCAACAGUAAUGGAAAGUCUGGAUACCCUUCUAAGAAACAUCAACCCAUUUGCAAAGUCUUAUGAACAAAUGCAUAGACUAACAGAAAGUUUGCAAACAGCUAAAGUCCAAAUGAUUUUCAUGGAACAAGCAAACUUAGACCUCAGAAGGUACAACGCACCAAGUUCCCACACUGAGGUUGCAGCAAUAUUUGUCGGUGAGGAUGGUGAACCACCCAGUAAUCGAGACAUCUGCAUUUAUCCAAUCGGAGGAACUUGCCAAACCAUCUCACCUAUGAACUGCAACACCGACCCAAUGGUAUAUCCUAUGCUUUUCCCACAUGGCGAGUGCGGAUGGCAUGUUGGAAUGGCCCAUGUUGAAGAAAGACGCUCAGCCAAGCGAGUGAGGGUCACACAACUGCAGUACUUUGCCUAUCGCCUCGCAAUACGGAAAAGUUUCAGUCUCCUACAUAGCAGCGGCAAAUUAUACCAGCAAUACAUUGUUGAUGCUUAUGUCAGAACUGAAGGAUCAAGAUUGAACUACCUAAGACAAAAUCAACAAGAUUUACGCAUAGAGCAAUACCGUGGACUCUUAGAUGCUCUGGAAACCCGUGUCAAAAAUGAACACCUGAAAACAGGGAAGAUGAUAAUAUUGCCAUCAACCUUCCAAGGCAGCCCUCGAUAUAUGCAACAAAAUUAUCAAGAUGCCAUGGCCAUAGUCAGAAGAUUUGGACGUCCAGAUUUAUUUGUAACAUUCACUUGCAACCCAACUUGGCCAGAGAUAAGUAAGGCCAUGCAAGCCACUCAAAGACCAGAGCACCGGCCAGACAUUAUCGUCCGUGUUUUCAAAAUGAAAUUAACAGCACUCUUGGAUGAUAUCUUGCAACACCAAAUCUUUGGCCAGGUCAUUGCAUACAUCUACGUCAUUGAGUUCCAAAAACGAGGUUUGCCGCAUGCUCACAUCCUGCUUACCUUAGAUUCAAAAAACAAAAUCAGAGCCAAAGAUGAUAUAGACAGAUAUGUGCAUGCAGAGAUACCCUCCAAAACUGUCAGCCCAAAACUCUACGAAAUUGUAACAAAGCACAUGAUUCAUGGACCUUGCGGCACACUAAAUCCACACGCACCUUGCAUGAAAGAUGGCACAUGCUCCAAGAACUUUCCCAAGGACCUCCGGAACACCACAGAGGAGAAUGUGAAUGGAUACCCUCUCUAUAGAAGGCAAACAUCAGCCCCAGUCAGGCUUGGAAAAUAUGAUGUUGAUAAUCGCUGGGUGGUCCCAUAUAAUCCCUGGCUCUUGAAAAAAUAUAACGCACAUAUCAACGUUGAAGUUUGUGCCUCUGUGAAGAGUGUCAAGUACCUUUACAAGUAUGUGUACAAAGGGCAUGAUGCCGCAUCAAUCAAGCUACAGCAAGAAAAUCAAACUGGCAUACUAGAACAUGAUGAAAUAAGAACAUUUCUGGAUGGAAGAUAUGUUAGCGCCCCAGAGGCAAUGUGGCGAAUCAAUGAGUUUACACUAACAGAAAAGUCACACACCAUAAUCCGCUUACCAGUUCAUUUGCCAGAACACCAGCAAUUGAUAUAUCAUGAAGGCCAAGAAGAGCAGGCCAUUGCCAUGGCAUCUACCAAAAAAACCAUGCUUACUGCCUGGUUCACACUGAAUCAUGAAGACCAAGAAGCAAACAAGUUGACUUACACAGACAUCCCCAAAUACUACGUCUUCGAUAAGAUCCUCACAAAAUGGAAGAGGCGACAGCGCGGAGGGGAAGGAGUUAUUGGAAGAAUGCCAGUAGUAAGCAUUAAAGACUCAGAACGGUACUAUCUGCGCAUGCUACUCACCCGAACCAAAGGUAGCACUGGAUUUGACAGUAUGAGAACUGUCCAUGGGGUACUCUAUGACAGCUACCUAGAAACCUGCAGAGCACAUGGACUUCUAGAAGGAGAUAAAAACUGGCAUGAAACACUGAAUGAGGCAGAACAGAGUCAGAUGCCGCAUUCCCUUAGAAUGCUCUUUGCUAUAAUCUGUGCUUUUGGAGAAGCAGAAGAUGUGGCUGAACUUUGGAACCAACACAAACAUGCCAUGUGUGAAGAUUUAGUACAUAAAUAUUCAGAGGCCACUGGCCCACAAUAUGCGCUUGCUGAAAUUGAAACACAGUUAAAAACUUAUGGCAUGACUUUGAAGAACUUGAAUUUGCCAGUUCUGCAUCUACCAGAUGCUAUUCAAAAACAGGACACCUUAGACAUUCUGGGAGAGCAAGAACAGGCCGAAAUACAUACCAGCAAGCUAAACAUAGAACAACAAAGAGCAGUCAUCACAGUACUACAAACUAUUUAUGAUACUCCAAAUGACAAGCCACACUGCUUUUUCCUAGAUGGACCUGCAGGAACAGGGAAAACAUUUGUCUACACAACACUCAUACACACUAUCUGAGGCAAAGGAGACCAGGCUACAGCAGUUGCUUCAACUGGAAUAGCAGCUACACUAUUACCAGGAGGUAGAACAGCACACUCAGUAUUCAAGAUUCCACUGAUCCUGGAUGCAAGCUCAACCUGCGACAUAAAGCCAAACACAAUUGCAGCAAAACACCUCAUAGACACAAAAUUGAUAGUCUGGGAUGAAGCACCAAUGACACAUACACAUGCCUUCCUGGCUGUAGACAGACUCCUCAAAGACCUCACAAAAUCCACACAACCAUUCGGAGGCAAAACCAUCUUGCUGGGGGGUGAUUUCCGACAAAUCCUCCCUGUCAUCAUUAGAGGUUCAAGAUCCUUAACCGUAGCCAGCUGCUUAAAAAAACACCACCUCUGGAAACACAUUCAUGUAAUCAAACUCAACAAAAACAUGCAUGCUCUGCACAAUGAAAAAGACUUUGCAACAUGGCUCUUAGCAGUAGGCGAUGGAAGGAACGGAGAGACAACACGUUUACCAAAUAACUGCUACCCAGUGAUACAGGACCCUGUGGAACAAUUAUAUGGUGAUAUUGAUUUCACCACAGUCACACCACAGCAACUAAAAGGAAGAGCAAUACUGACUGUAACAAACCACAUGUCCCUAGAACUCAAUAACCGUGUCCUCGAACGUAUGCCAGGUGAGGAAGUCAUAUAUGAAAGUAUAGACACCAUCGAAAGUGAGCAAGAAGAAGAUCGCCUGGCAUACCCAGAGGAAUUCUUAAACAGCCUUACACCAACAGGCAUGCCACCGCACCAACUGCGUCUUAAACCAGGAGCAAUCAUCAUACUGCUGAGGAACUUAGCUCCCACAAGAAGACUGUGCAAUGGAACACGUCUCACAGUCAUACGCCUUCAACCCAACAUUAUUGAAGCAAAAGCCAUAACACACUCUGAAAACGACGAGAUUGCUCUCAUCCCAAGGAUUCCAAUAAUACCCUCUGACACAAAUAUGCCAUUCAAAUUCAAAAGAAGGCAGUUCCCAGUAAGAUUGUCCUUUGCAAUGACCAUCAACAAGUCACAAGGACAAACCUUUGAAAAAAUAUGCCUUUACCUAAAAGAUCCAGUAUUCAGCCAUGGACAAUUAUAUGUGGCCCUAUCUCGAGUCAGAUCAUUCGACUCAUUAACCGUCGUGUCAGCACAACAAGACAUCCCAAACUGCGUCUACACAGAAAUAUUUGACAAUAACCAGAAAGAAACAGACAAAGAAACACAGGACAGCAGAACAACAAAACACACUUACAGCUUUAGACCAAGAACAACAAAAUAA